CUUCCGCGGGCCAUUUUAAAGGCACGGUUUCCAAGGAGAAACAUCCUCACUCCCCACAACCCGUCCGCCCUCCACCACUCCACCUGCUUCUAGAAGUCUCCAGCGCCUCGCCUCCACCGCGCCAAUGGGGAAGAGCGAGGCUACGCCGACGGCGACGAAGGGGGAAGGGGAGAAGGUGAUGGUGCUGACGACGCUCGAGGUGGAUCCCGCCACCGAGGACCCUGACCUCCUCGACGCCAUCAGGAAGAAGAACAGUGCUGCCCUGACCUCCAUUCUUGAUCCCCGUGAUGAGCUCUCCGCCAAAGACAGUUCAAAUGCGGCUGCUGCUGUUUGGUAUUUCGUCAUGAAUGGCCACCACAUAACUGGCAAUCUGAACCUGCUGACGGACCUCACGCCUGUGUGUGACCGUUGGGUCCGUUCUCUCAUUGGGACAGGGCUGCCCAUGCAAGUCUGCGCACGGGGAUCUGUGAACUGCAACGGGAUCAAGCUCGAUGACGUAUGGUAUGUUCCCGGGGUCACGGUGAACAUGGUGGCGGGUGCCCAGUUUAGCAAUCAGGAAAUUUCACUCACUCUGGACCUCACGCCUGUGUGUGACCGUUGGGUCCGUUCUCAUUGGGACAGGGCUGCCCAUGCAAGUCUGCGCACGGGGAUCUGUGAACUGCAACGGGAUCAAGCUCGAUGACGUAUGGUAUGUUCCCGGGGUCACGGUGAACAUGGUGGCGGGUGCCCAGUUUAGCAAUCAGGAAAUUUCACUCACUCUGGAUUGCAGUGCCUUUUCUCUUAAGCGCCCUGAUGGCACACAGUAGUUGGCAAAGGACGUGUUAAAGGCAAUCUGUAUGAAGUAGACUUUCUCGACAUCAGUAGUACAACAGCUCCCUGGUACAUCGUCUCGAAUGCUGCUGAACACAUGACCGGCAACCUGCACCUCCUGAGCAACUUCACCCCCACCCAGCCAGGCCGCCAAGUCCGGACACACACCGGUGCGAUGCUGCAGGUGCGCGGGAAGGGGUCUCUGAGCUCCACCCAGCUCUCCAUUCCCAGCGUCAGCUACGUACCAGGGCUCACGGAGAACAUCAUCUCAGUGACCCAGCUCACCGACAGCGGCUUCAGUGUCGCGUUCAGUCCCCAUGGCUGCACCAUCACAAGGAACCGCGAUGGGAAGACGGUCGGCUGUGCGUACCAUGCCGGUGGCCAGCUCUACCGGCUCAACUACCUCAGGGUUGCUGACAGCAAGUAGCCUGUAUGAGUUGCUGACAGACAUAGUGAACCCAAAGCAGUGAGGUAAACCCUACGAGUUGCGAAGAUGAAGAGGAAAUUUAGUUGCGAAGGCCUUUUUUGGCUGUGAACGAGUUGUUAGCUGGUUUCCUGUAUGAAAAAACUCCUGGGUGCUUCGGUUAAUGUUCAGUUACGAUCCUGAUACUUGCUACUAUGUCUUGGCAUAUUACCGCUAACCAGUUACGCAUGGGUUUCUGCAUUUACCAUGGAUGUGGUUAAUAUGUAAGUAUUGUUGGUUGCAUGA